AUGUCGUCCAUGCGAGGUCUUGUCCAGUUCAUAGCCGACCUCCGAAACGCCCGGGCGAGAGAGCUGGAGGAGAAGCGAAUCAACAAAGAGCUCGCCAACAUCCGCCAGAAAUUCAAGAGCGAGAAAUUGGAUGGCUAUCAAAAGAAGAAAUAUGUCUGCAAGUUGCUUUACAUCUACAUCCAAGGAUACAAUGUCGACUUUGGGCACCUUGAAGCCGUCAACUUGAUCUCCGCAACCAAAUACUCCGAAAAGCAGAUUGGGUAUCUGGCCGUCACCCUAUUUCUCCAUGAACAGCACGAACUCCUACAUUUGGUGGUCAAUAGCAUUCGUAAAGACCUGCUGGACUACAACGAGCUCAACAACUGCCUGGCCUUGCAUGCUGUGGCCAAUGUUGGCGGUCGAGAAAUGGGCGAGGCCCUCAGCGCGGACGUCCAUCGGCUAUUGAUCUCCCCAACCUCCAAAUCCUUUGUCAAGAAGAAGGCAGCGUUGACACUGCUCCGUCUCUACCGCAAACACCCGGCCAUAAUACAGAGAGAGUGGGCAGAAAGAAUAAUAUCGUUGAUGGACGACCCUGACAUGGGUGUGGUGCUUUCUGUUACUUCUCUCAUCAUGGCUCUGAUCCAGGACAACCCGGAGGCGUAUAAAGGGAGUUAUGUGAAAGCUGCUCAGAGGUUGAGAAAGAUCGUCAUUGAGAACGACAUCUCACCGGACUAUCUGUACUACAAGGUUCCUUGUCCGUGGAUUCAAGUCAAAUUUUUGAAGUUGCUGCAAUACUAUCCUCGUUCUGAAGAUUCUCACGUCCGCGACAUCAUCCGCGAAUCACUUCAGGCGGUCAUGCAAGCAGCCACAGAGACGCCCAAGAAUGUACAACAGAACAAUGCUCAGAAUGCCGUACUGUUUGAGGCCAUCAACCUCCUCAUCCACCUCGACACUGAGCACCAGCUCAUGAUGAAUAUUUCGUCCAAGCUGGGGAGAUUUAUCCAGUCACGCGAAACUAAUGUGCGGUACUUGGGUCUGGAUGCCAUGACCCAUUUUGCGGCCAGGACCGACACGCUCGAUCCCAUCAAACGACAUCAAAGUAUCAUUAUCGGUUCUUUACGAGAUCGAGACAUCAGCGUCCGCAGGAAGGGCUUGGAUUUGUUGUACAGCAUGUGCGACACUACCAAUGCUCAACCCAUUGUCAACGAACUGUUAAAGUACUUACAAACAGCGGACUUCUCGAUACGCGAAGAGAUGACUCUCAAAAUCGCGAUUCUGACGGAAAAGUACGCAACCGAUGCUCAGUGGUACAUUGAUAUCUCACUGAGACUGCUCGCUAUGGCAGGCGAUCAUGUCAGCGACGAAGUCUGGCAACGCGUGGUCCAAAUUGUCACCAAUAACGAAGAACUGCAGCCCUAUGCAGCACAACACAUUUUUGACUAUUUGAAAACCGACAAUUGCCACGACACGCUUGUCAAGAUUGGCGGUUACAUCCUUGGAGAGUUUGGCCACCUAAUAGCUGACAAUAAAGGAUGCAGCCCAAUUGAGCAAUUGAUGGUGCUGCAAACAAAGAUGAUAUCAGCACCCGACCCUACGAGGGCGUUGCUGUUGUCCACGUUCGUCAAAUUCGUCAACCUUUUCCCGGAGAUCAAGCCGCAGUUACUGCAGAUGUUCCGAUUCUAUAGCCAUUCGCCAGAUUCAGAGCUGCAGCAGAGGGCAUGCGAGUACCUGACAAUUGCAACAUUGCCAACGGACGACUUGCUGCGAACGAUUUGUGACGAAAUGCCCCCAUUCUCUGAACGGGCCUCUAUCCUCUUACAAAGACUGCACAAGAAGAGUGCAGGAAUAAGUGAAAGAAGAACUUGGGUAGUUGGCGGCAAAGACGCCAAUACCGACGAAAAGGAAGUUCUGCUGGCUCAACAAACGGGACUGAAGCGAUCCUUUACCACCAUUCUCAACGGGAUGCCUUCGAAUACCAAUGGUGCUGCAGCCACACCGGCUCAGAAUGGGACGAGCAGUGCAGCAAAGGACCUGGAAGGACUGGAUAUGAACGGCCACGGCAACGACGCGACGACUCCCAUCCUCACCAGCGCGGCUCAUCUUUCUCCAGAUUGGGAGAAGGGUUAUGACAGAAUGUUUUUUGAAGACGAAGGUGUCUUGUACGAGGAUCCACAGAUUCAAGUCGGCAUGAGGGGAGAAUAUCGUGGCCACCUUGGGGUGAUCAAACUCUACUUUACUAAUAAAGCCUCAUUCCCAAUUGGCUCCUUCACAACAACUCUGGACAACAAAUCCGACCCCGGCCUCAAAAUCGACAUCAAAAGCCUCCCAGAUACAUCAGUCGGCGCAGACUCGCAAGUCCAACAGACCAUGGUGUGUAAUUCAAUUGCCCCAUUCUCCGAGGCACCCACGAUCCGCAUCUCGUAUCUUGCUGGGGCCUUGCAGGGAUAUACUCUAAGACUGCCAAUUCUGCCCCACCGAUUCAUGGAUCCAUCGGAGCUCUCGGCGGAGGAUUUCUUCAAACGUUGGCGGCAAAUUGGUGCCGGCCCCCUUGAGGCGCAAAGCACAUUCGGUUUCCGCGAUCCUUCCAUGACGGUGAUGGACAAGUAUGUCCGCGAGGCUGUUGUAGGGUUCCGGUGGCGCCUCUUGGACAAUGUUGAUCCAAACCCCAAAAAUAUUGUGGGAUGUGCGGUUCUGCAGCUGGAAAAGGGAAAGGUCGGAUGUCUCCUCAGAUUAGAGCCCAAUCAUCAGCAGAAUAUGUUCCGCGCUACGAUUCGUGCAACGCAGGAAAAGGUUCCUGAGAUCCUAUUGAACCUUUUGCGGGAACGGUUGAAAUGUUAG